GCCACAUCCCAUGGCGAAUCGUAAGUGCAAUGAGCGACAGCAUUCUCAUGAGACUCGAAAGCUCUUAAACACUGGCAGGAUGCAUUGCCAUUGCAUUUUCAGCACUUUCUUACCAGGCCACAACACCAAUAUUUAUCCGGAUACCCUUCGCGACCUUUCGAGGUAGAAAUCUUGUCGUCGGAUCACAUGGCGAUCCGUAAAUUGAAGGCGCGAGGCAUCGGCCGGUUCGAGCUGUUGAGUUGGUUGAAUGAGUUCCUCGAAACCGAUUACACCAAAAUCGAGCAUUUGGCGGACGGCAUUGCGUACUGCCAGGUGUUUGACAUUCUGUACCCUGGCAAAGUCCCAUUGCAGCAAGUGAACUUCCACGCGCAAGUGCAGCCUGAAUACGAGCGCAACCUCAAGCUUCUGCAGAGAGCUCUCGACGCAUGUGGCGUGCAAAAGGAAAUGGCCAUCAAAAAGUUGGUCAAAGGUGUGUUUCAAGAACAUUUUGAGUUCUUGCACUGGGUGCACGACUACGUCCACCGCACGUACCCCGACGCCAUGCGGCUUGGCAACGCCUAUGCCCGCCGCGAGCAGAUAUUGCAAAAGUCUGGCGAUGCCGCCGUGAACCUAAACUUGAUCCCUAAGUUUAGCAUGCGGAACGGACUCUUUCGUCAAAGCAUGGAGGACGCAUUGCCACAACCCGACCACGUCGAAGAAAGCAACAACGAUAUCCCUCUAUCCGACGACAGCGCAGCUUCUACCACAGGCGACGUCGUCACUACUUGCUUGCACGAAGUGGAACACUCGUGGGUUCACACGUCAGCCGCGCUGCAGCAUGCCACGUGUAUCGUUCGAAGUCUCCAACCGCCACCGGCAAAGGGUGCUCCACCUGUUGCAAAGUCAUCGGGAACGACGAAAACCAAGGCACGCGUUGAAACCAAGCAAACGACGGCUGCGUCCAAGAACAAGUUACAUCGAACACAAGCGUUGCUGCAGUUGCUGGUGGAGUUUCUUCAGUCGCUUUGUGCUUGUUUGAUGGGUACAUGUUUGAGUGCAGAAUGCGUCGUUGGAAGCUGAAUUGCAUGGUCGGAUCAAAGACUUGGUAAUGGCCAAGUCUUCGGUUGAGGCAAUGUCGUUACUGUUUGGAAUAGGAUACGUUGCAAGCCGAUGUGUCUGUCAUUUUGUCCGAGCGCAAGCACUACUUUGACCUGUUACGCGAAGUGGAGACCCUGUGUACGGCGCAGACACCGCAAAACGAAAGCACAGAUGACUUCGCUGCGAUAUUGGCGAUUCUUGCUGCGCCCUUUCAGGAAUUGUCAGGGCACAUGGAUGCGGGUGUGCCUUCAACAAUUCCAUAACAAGGCGUCAUCUACAAAUACAAUCAUUCUGCAGGUUUUUGUAGUGCAUUCAGGCGUCAAUAAAGUGACAUCUGGAUAUUUUGACCUCUUUUAUAUCGAAGUUUGUGUGUGAAACGCAUCGAACGCGCACGGUUUUGCACCAAUGGCAUGCGUUUUUCG